AUGCGGUGUUUGAUUUUAUUAGUUUGUCUUUCGCUAAGCGUAAAAGCAUGGGACGAGGACGAUUUGGAAGUUUUUGACGUGGUGGAAGAAGUUAAUCAAAAUUUCUAUGAAUUAAUGGGAGUUUCUCCGGAAGCAUCAGCGCAAGAAAUCAAAAGUGCGUUUAAAAAAUUAACAUUAAAAUUACAUCCAGAUAAGAAUGAUGCCCCUGAUGCUGAUGUUCAAUUUAGAAACUUGGUCUCGGUUCAUAAUGUGCUGAAAGAUCAGGGAAAGAGAGAAAAGUAUAAUGAGGUACUUAAAAAUGGUCUUCCUAACUGGAGAUCAGCCAUAUACUAUUACCGGCAUGUCAGAAAAAUGGGUCUGGCUGAAGGAUCCUUUAUAUUAUUUAUUAUCAUCACAUUUGGUCAGUAUUUGGUGGGUUGGGCUGCUUAUAUAGAGAAAAAAUACACUGCGGAACAAAUAUUAAACUCAAGAGGUAGAAAACAAAAAAGAUCAGGCUUUGAGACAGGCAUAGCUGAAAUAUUAGAUCAAUUACCAAAGCCAAGUGUAAAGGACACAUUACCAUUCCAAAUACCAAGGGCAGUAUGGUGGUCUAUAACUGCUGUGCCAUCAGUAAUAGCAGCUUAUAAGGAGAGGAAAAAGCAGGAGCUUGAAGAAGAAAAGAGGAGAAAAAAGAAAGAGGAGGAAGACAAAGCCCGUGAAGAACGUGAAGCAGCGUUAGCGGAGACUCGAGCCGCGAGCGGGCCAAGGCGACGACGCGGUUUUGUUCCCCGGGAAAGAGAAUGUGUUCUAGAUCCCGUGGAUGAACCGGAAAAUGAAUAUGAAACUGUGAAACCAAUGAAAGAGCCAGCGCCGCCAGUUAUCACAGGCGGGUUAUGGACAGACGAUGAUCUGGUAGAGUUAGUCAGACUUGUGAAGAAAUAUCCGCCUGGGGCACCAGAGCGUUGGGAACGGAUAGCAGAUAGUAUGGGCCGAUCUGUGCCAGAAGUUACGCAUAUGGCAGCUAAAUUAAAAGAAAAUUGUUAUAAGCUGCCUGCUCAGGAUACACCGGAAGUGCCACCGGAACCACCUAAAAAGGUGAAAACCCGUAAGACGGACGACGUGUCAGCCAGUUCAUUAAGCAAUUGGUCCCAAACCCAACAGAAAGCGUUGGAAGGUUCGUUAGCCAAAUACCCUAAAGGUGGGGCAGGGGACCGAUGGCAGAAAAUCGCUAAUAACGUUCCAGGGAAGACUAAAGAAGAGUGUAUGCAGCGGUGUAAAUAUUUAUCGGACAUGCUCAAAAAGCAGAAACAAAAAGAGGAAGAAGAACAGAAUGGAGAUGAUGGUUCCAGUCCCACAGAUUCUUCAGAUAAAGCCAUACCUCUAGAAGAUGAACCUCUAUUGUGA